GGAGGGACGGGGAACUGAAGUUCGUUGGCCAUGUCUAAGGUGGCUGUGAAGAAGCUGCACUGGCGCUCCAAAGUGCAGGAGACAUUUGUGCCCCUAGUGGGCAGCUCUGGAGAACUGGGUGUGGCCAUAGGGGGCGGGGCCGAUUAUGGCGAGUUCCCAUUCGUCACCUCUGCCCCAGGAGGUGGGAUCACAGUCGGCGAUGUAAUCUUGGAGAUUGGCGGGACCCCUGUUUUGGGGAUGACUUUAGGUGACGUUCGUGGAGUGCUCAACUCCUGCCCCCAUCCCAUUCGCAUCAAGACCGUCUCACCAGGCUCAACGCUGUGUAAGGAUCUGAGGUUGUACCUGAGUAAAUGUUUUACGCCUGGAUCCAUGGACAGUCAACUUCAGCAGGUCAUACGAGAAAAUCUCUACCUGCGUGCUGUUCCCUGUACGACCAGACAGCCUCGAGAUGGGGAGAUCACAGGAGUGGAUUAUAACUUUGUGUCUGUCGAGGAGUUCUUCUCUCUAGAGGAAUCAGGAGCUCUUUUGGAGAGUGGCAAGUUUAAAGGGAACUAUUAUGGAACCCCUCGGCCAGUCCACAUCGGUCCAGAGAGCCCCCCAAUCACCUACCAGGAGCACCGCAACCUGCUGAGGAAGUUUCGUACACGCAGCAAGUCCCUCAGUAACCUGGAGAAAGCAGCUGAGGAGGGCUACAACAGUGAGGAAGAUUCCGGUCUCUCAGACAUUGUGACCCCUGGUUCUUAUCGCCGCCACUGUAAAGACAUCCAAGUCGGUGGCUCGGGAGGUGCUAGCAGUGUCCCCGCCCCCACAUUAUCCCCCAGCCAAUCACGUGACUCCAGUGGAGGGGACGGUAGUGCCUUGGAGAAUGGUGGUGGACCUGGCAGAGGGAGACGGGGGGCGGGGCUGGAAACCUGGGAGAUGACCUACAGUGACUCAGGGGAACCAUACUUUACAGAUCAUCAGCCCAAGCCAGCCUCCUGGCAUAGCCGCCGCACAUCAAGCAGAGAGACGGUUUGCAUGACUGAAUUGGGAGAGUUUACAGAUCAGCCAGAAGAGUUGAGGGGUUACUCACUCCACACUCGGAUUUGUAAGGGUCCUCGUGGCUUCGGCUUCAACAUUGUAGGGGGCAGCCGACCCAGAGAAUUCCUACAGGUCUACAGCAUCACACCCGGAGGACCCCCCACUCUCAACCCAGCGGAUAUCCUCGUGUACAUCAAUGACUGUUGUGUGCUGGGCACGUCUCAUAAGGAAGUGGUAGAGUUGCUUAAGGCUGUUCCUGUGGGCCAGAGUGUGGAUGUGGUGGUCCAAAGGGGCUACCCCAUGCUCUACAACCCUGACGGCUGCCCCAAACAGCGCCGUCCUGGGCUUCUGGAUGCCCGAGAACCUGCUUUAAAACCUCCACCUCCACCUCCACCCACCACUACCCAGCCGCAGCCCCAGGCCCUACUCCCAACACUAGCACAGCUCAACCUCAACGGGAUGACAUCAAGUGCUGAGGGGAGGUACGCUCGAGCCCUCGCAGGAAGGGCGUCCAGGUUGAGUCUGGAUGCCAACGGCAAUGCUUCGCAUUUUUCUCCUCCUCCAAGAACUCCACCUUAUUAUGCAUACUCCAAUGGGAGUGAGAGUGGCUUCCUGAGGCCACCUCGUUCUGCAAGAGGGAUCAGGCGGCUGCAGAGUGCAGACCUGGCCAGCCAAAGCGACAGCGAGGUGGUGUCAGCUAUAGGAUCACACAGGGCCUCCCUCAUCCGAAACCACAACAACAACUCCCUCUGCCCUCCAUCGCCUGUGCGCUUUUACUCCACCAAGUCCUCUGAAAGUGACCUCUCUUCCUAUGCCCCGACACCACCCACCUCUCGAUCACCCCUCCGUUACACAGAGACCGGUUCUGCACCCAGCUCUUCUUCCCCGGAUGGAGGGCGCAGAUACUCGCAGCUUCGAAAGCCCCAGCGCUCCCUGCUCACCCCUCCCACCAGCGCCCACUCAGACGGACCAUACUUCACCUUCAACAGUGGCGCCAGUGUCAGCAGUGGCAGCCCCGGCAGCAGCAUCCCCUCACCAGGGGCGACAAGUGGUGGCAGUGGGGUCAGGCCCGGAGGCAGAGAGCUGGUGCCAGUCGCCCUGGCCAAGUGUGAGGAGGGCAGAGGGAUGGGGUUCAGCGUGAUGGCUGGCGGGCAUGGAGGGAGAUUGACAAUGGUGAAGAGAGUGUGGGACCGGCAGCAGUGUCACGGCCUUCAGCCUGGAGACAUCAUAAUGAAGAUCAACGGAGCCGACGUGCAAAGCCUUAGCUUCACUCAGGUUCAGCGAAUUCUGCAGGAACACACAAGUAUAGGAGAGGUCAUUCUGCUGGUUCAGAGAGGAGGCUCUUCACAUUCUCCAAUUUCUCCAAACUCUAUGCAUCAACACAGCUCCACACCACCACGCCCUGCUUCUGCCUCGCAAGUCCCUCUCGCCAACAGUCCACCUGUGCCACGGAACGCCAUGACCCCACCUCCUCAAACACUGGUGCGCUCCUCGCUAGUCCAGAGCACCAGCUUCUUAGACUCAGUACCUGUCACACUGACGCUGGAGCCACGUGAUUGGAUGAGCUCUGAGGAUGGUGGGACUGCACUCAGCCCCAGAGUGAGGAUAGAGGAGAAGGUUCGGCCUCCUGCACUGCAGGGAUUCGAGGUGGAGCUCAAGAGGAGGCCAGGAGAAGGAUUCGGAUUUGUUAUUGCGUCACAGGAUGUGGAGAAUGGGAGAGCGGUGUCUCUGCUGCCCCAUCGUUUUGUGACGGUACGUCGGGGCAGUCCUGCUGCGCGGAGCGGGCAGAUCCGUCCAGGGGACCGGCUGGAGGCUGUGGAGGGACGCAGUGUGGUCACCCUGCCCCACAGGGAGCUGGCACAGAUACUGCGCCGAGCCGGAAACACACUCCGCCUCACCAUCGUCCCACGCUCCAGUGCCCAUUCCUCCGAGAACUCAGACUAUGAUACCAGUUACAGAAGCCGAAAGUCUCACAGGUUUAAACAGAAGCAGGACACUUCGCGGUACUACAGUGUGGAUCUGGAGAGAGGGCCCACUGGUUUUGGCUUCAGUCUGAGAGGGGGGAGUGAGUAUAACAUGGGCCUUUAUGUUCUGGGCCUGAUGGAGGGAGGACCAGCCUCACGCAGCCGCAAGAUACAGGUGAGCGACCAGUUAGUGGAGAUCAAUGGGCACAGCACAGCAGGAAUGACCCACAGUCAGGCCGUGGAGCAGAUCAGGACCGCUGGCCAAAGGAUCCAUCUUGUCCUGAAGAAGGGCAACGGAUACGUUCCUGACUAUGGCCGUGAUCACAGAGCAGCCGUCUCCCCCCUGCCCCCAGCCCUGCAGCCGCGUCUGGCUGCAGUGAGCCGCCGCCACCUGGACACCACACCCAGCCCUCCAAAAGCAGGCAGGAGCCAGAAUCGGAGAGGGAGGACAGAACAGCAGGGGUGGGGGACGGACCAGGGAGGGGAGCUGAGCCCUGACAGCCCAGAGGGCAGGGGUAGAAGGUCAAAGGACAGGAGGAGGAGCCAAGACUCGCACAGCUUAUCCAGAAACAGGCAGAGAGGGGACAGUAAGGAAGAGGAGGAGGAUGGGCCAGUGGAGAGAGGAAAAGCGAGGAGGCGACAGGAGAGGGAGAGGAGGAGCAAAAGCGAAGAGAGGCGGAGAAAGCUGGAGAGAGAGAGAGAGAGUGAGGUUGGAAGAGAAGAGAAGUGGCAAAAAGAGAACCAUAAUCUACCCAUCCCUAAGCAGAGAUCGCCAAGUCAAAGCUGGGAGGAGGAGAGAGAGUGGGGAGAAAAGGAGGACAGGACGUUUUUUAGAGAAAAAGUAAAAGAGAGACACAGCGAGACAGAGAGCGAGAGAGACAGCAGUCGAGAGCUGGAGGGUGAAUCGGACAGUGACAGAGAGCAAGUGAUGGCGAGCGAGGCGGGGGGAGAGAGAGUGUGGAAACGCGAAGUGGACACUCAGCAAUCCAGUCUCAGCACCUUCAGCGACAGCAGAUCCUCACAGGGGUCCCUAGGAGCCUACGAAUCCCAGAAGGCUCCUUUCUCCUUCCUCAUGUCCCCUGAGCCAGAAUACACAGAUUCCGAAUCUGAAGUGAGUGUUUCCGAAGCUAGUGUUUCAGCCUCCAGUAUCUCUGGCCUCUCUCUCUACUUGAAUGAGGGCUACAGUUCAGGGGCCACGAGUCCCUUACUGCCAGGCCCCUGGCUCAAACCCAGCACGCAAAUGAUCAGCAGAGUGGUGGAGAGAAACAGACUGAUGGGGAGAGGACAGGAAAAAGCAAGAAGACAGAAUUCUAUCUCCUGAAGUGCUGUAGGAGGUAACUUUGGUCAUAUAAUGUCAUGUCAUGUAAGGCAUCAACUAAGAGGGGUUCACACUGCGUUUUUCUGAAGGCAGAGAAAACGCAAGGCAGCCAUUUUUUCUUAGGUUUCCACACUGUGUUCUUUUGACUGCCACUUCUGUCUGUUUGUCUUCCUGUUGACAAGCAACAGCAGCAUUGUAACUGUCUGUCAGCUGUGCUAUUAAGCUAUCAUUUCAAUACGUACAGGCAGAAGGUUUCGCUACUAUUAACUAGCAAAUGUGAUGCUGCUAGUAAAAACAUGCUAAACGAAACCAGAAUGCUUUUUGUGUUGUAAUUUCAAUUCGUGCUGGUAAUUCCUUUUUCAUAAGAAUGUCACUGAAGGCCCAGCACAGGAAAAACACUGGUGAUGGAGGCUGCCUGACUGCUUGGAGUUGAACAUUUUUACAACUCAGGGAGCCUGGAGGCAUCCAAUGAGCAAAAUAGCAUGCAAAAUAAAACAGGCACAUUUGAAAACAAAAUAAAAAAAAAAUAACGCAUACAGUGUGAACCCACCUUCAGGCCUUAUUCGAGCUGGAUUAGUUUUAUCUCUAUAUUGGAUCUAUCCAGACAAACCUUUAGUAUAUAGUAAUAUUAAUUGUGAAAUAUUAAGAUAUUAUUUGUCAUUGAAUAAACAUGUUAUAAACAAUUUCUGCCAGUUUUCCAUUGGUCUUUUCCAUGGCAGCUAUGUCCCACCCCUCAUUCCAGCACUCUGUCUGGGCUAAGUGGUCUCAUGCAUUGCAUUCAGUUGUGAAACAUAAUUAUGUCCUGAUAGGCGCUAAUUGUAAUUGGAAGUCAGGUAGCUAACUUAAAUCAGCCUGCAUAGUCUCUCUCACUUACACUUAUAUACCGAAAAGGAAACACCCCUUUAUUACCAUUUAAAUUAUUGGCAACAAGAUCUAUUAUUUUAAUCAAGUGUUGUAAUUAAUCAUUUCAGAGAGAAUUUCGUAAUUAUUGAAUGUGGUGCCCUUUACCUAACACAAACAUGGCUACGACCUUUCAAGUGAAAUCCCUUUCACAUGAUGUUACACAACCUUCUCUGGUAAAACUAAUCCAGCUCUAAUAGUGCUUUUCUUUGUCCACCUAAGGAUGGCAACAAUCUGAAUGUUUGGAGUGUACAGCCACACUGUGGUCUUGAGCAUAAGCUGAAUAUAGAGCUUAUGCAGUGUUAACAUAUGUUUGAAAGGUGAGAGACAGGAAAACAAUGUCAGCCCUCUCUUCUCUUCUCUUCUCUCUCUCUCUCUCUCUCUCUCUCACCCCAUUCUCAGAUGUGGGUUUGGGGAGAGUUUUGUAAGCUUUCUGUGCCCGUGUUCAUUGUUCGUACUGUGUGCC